UUGUUUUUGUCCACAAAAUUGUUAAACCCUAAGGCUUUACUUGGCUCUCUCUUUCUAUCUUUCUUCCCCAAAGCAAAAGAUCAAAGCGUCGUCGCCAUGCCGCAAGGAGAUUACAUAGAGCUACACAGGAAGAGGCAUGGCUAUCGCCUUGACUUCUUCGAGAGGAAGCGCAAGAAGGAAGCCCGUCAAGUUCACGAGCGUUCCGCUAAGGCUCAAAAGGCCCUUGGUAUUAAGGGUAAGAUGAUUGCCAAGAAAAAUUAUGCUGAGAAGGCCCUCAUGAAAAAAACAUUGGCUAUGCAUGAGGAAUCAUCAAAUAGGCGCAAGGUUGAUGACCAAGUGCAAGAUGGAGCUAUUCCUGCUUAUCUUAUGGAUCGUGAAAAUACAACACGUGCAAAGGUUCUAAGCAACACCAUAAAGCAAAAGAGGAAAGAGAAAGCUGGAAAAUGGGAGGUCCCUAUUCCGAAGGUCAGGCCUGUCGCAGAAGAUGAGAUGUUUAAGGUGCUCAGAUCUGGUAAAAGAAAAACGAAGCAAUGGAAGAGGAUGGUUACAAAGUGCACUUUUGUAGGACCUGGUUUUACAAGGAAACCUCCCAAGUAUGAGCGUUUCAUCCGUCCUUCAGGAUUGCGAUUUACUAAAGCUCAUGUUACACAUCCUGAACUAAAGUGCACCUUCAAUCUUGACAUCAUUGGGGUGAAGAAAAAUCCCAAUGGUCCAAUGUAUACCUCUCUUGGUGUUAUGACCAAAGGAACUAUUAUUGAGGUGAAUGUCAGUGAAUUGGGUCUGGUCACACCAGCUGGGAAAGUUGUUUGGGGAAAAUAUGCUCAAGUGACAAAUAACCCAGAAAAUGAUGGUUGUAUAAAUGCGGUUUUGCUUGUGUAAGAGGUUAACUGAAGACAUUGCAAAUUGAUCAUUCAACGAAACAUCAAGAGUGCUAACCAGUUUGGUUCGUGUCACAUCAUUGUUCUGUGGAACAUUUUAUGUUCCUCUUUGUGGAACAUUAUAAGUCUGCUAACCUCACCUUACCUUUUCUUCCUUUUUUUUUAAUUUCCUUUUCAGUAUCGGAUGUAUCUUAGAUUAAGAACUAAAAUUUUGUUUUUGUUAUGCAUAAAUCUGGGUUAUAUAAGUUAUGCCAUUUCAUUGAGUUUUGCUUA